ACUAUGCAGAACACACAGAGUUUUUGCAUUCGCAUUCUCUUGUUGAUAACUGUAGGCUUAACACAAUGUUUGGCACUAAAGCAGAUUUCAGUAAUCCAAGGGGAUACACUGACUUUAACAUGUCCCAUCAAAAACACUAAUAUGAGUGACGCUUUGGAGUGGAGAAACCCAGACGGUUUUCUCUUAUUCUUUAACAGACAUAGAGUCUUGAAAGAUAAAAGAAAGGCAUCUGUCACUUUAACAGCCUCAAAGUUUUCAAUAAGUUUGACUGGUAUCAAAUUCAAGGAUGCAGGUGUUUACAAAUGUCUACAAUACAACAAUGAAGUCUCAACGAAAAGAUAUAAAGUCAUUGUUAUAGGAGCUCCAAAACUGGAAAUGGAUCAGCAAGAGGAUAAAACCAUGCUUAAAUGCUCUGCUUCAGCAAAUGAGCAUCCACCCAGACUCUCAUGGUUAAUGGACAAUGGCCUAGAGAUUGCGGCUCACCCAUACUAUGAGUUUCAAAAUGCGUCCAACAAAUACACAGCUGUAAGCCAGCUGACUUUAAAUGUUCCUAAGAAGAGAGUUACAGUGAAGUGCCUGGUCCGUCACUCAGCUCUGCAUGGUUCUGAACUGGAAACCUUUAUCCACUUAGGAGACCAAAGUCAAGAUACAACCUUAUCGGGUAUCACACUUGGAUCAACAGACACAACGGUCAUCCCAACAGUUUUUAGCAACACAAUAAAUAAAACUACAGAAGAAACUUCUGGGAGAACAAACAUAUUAAGCAACACUACUGAAAAUGAGACAAAUCAAACAAUAUCUGAAACAACAGAUGGUACACCAUCAAAUACCAGCAUCAAGUCAUCAAGCAACAAUACUGGGAAUGACCACACACGAUUGAACACAAGAAUUGAAAGGGGAAAUUCUCCAUUGCUGGUGCUGCUGGUCACAUGCCUCAUCAUCUGCCUGUUUGUGGUGCUUGCCUUCUUCCUGGUUCGCCUCAGGAAAGCACACGUUGCCUGGAAAAAAGAGAAUGAAGAAUCUGAUCAGUCUGUAGAGAGCAGCAGAUCUAAGUCUAGCAGUGAGGAGAAGCAAAAACAGCAACAGAGAGGACAAGGCUUUUGUAACACCAGUUUCACAAAGUACAAAGCAGAGGAAGCACUAGAGGCUCAGGCCACACCUACAUCUGUCGUUAACGAAAACCCACAGCCCUUUACAUCUAGAUCUUGCAUCAAAGAGACUGAACUGUGAACAAUUUGAGAACAAUACCUAACCAAACUGGGUAUGGUAGCCUAUUGGUGCUUGAAGAAUAAGCUACAUGUAUUUUGUUUCAUAAUCUUAGUUUGUUUUUAAUGUUUAUAUAAUGUUUUAUAUGUUUAUAAGGUAUAUUGUGUUUGUAAAUAAAGUAAUGUGUACUAUAUUUUUUUAUGUAAACAUAUAAUAUAUAUUUUUUUAUUGAGUGACAAUAAAGAUGUACAUUUGUUAUA